AUGAUGAAGAAAGAAAACCCUAUGGAAAAUCAUAUUGAUAACAAAGAUAGGAUCAGUGAUUUGCCUGAUAGUCUUUUACUUCACAUACUCUCUUUUUUGAACAUCAAACAAGCUAUUCACACUUGUGUUCUCUCCACAAGAUGGAUCAAUCUCUGGAAGUAUCUUCCCACUCUUUCAUUAGUUUCUUCACAAUUCACAUCUGUCGAGAAUUUCACCGAAUUUGUCUCUCAGAUCUUGUCUCUUCGCGAUAACUCAACCGAACUGCACAGUCUAAGAUUUCGCCGCAAUAUAGCCGUGGAGCCUAGCCUGCUCGAAAUGAUUCUAGAAUACGCUGUUUCACACAAUGUUCAACGAUUAGAUAUCGGUGUUAAAUGUGAUAUUCAACACUUUCCAACUUGUUUAUUGUCAUGCCGCACAUUAACAUCACUUGAUCUUCAUGUUAGUCAUCCUACCGUUUAUGGUACGACCAAAUUGUUUCCUAGUUCUUUGAAUAUGCCACUAUUAACCCGCUUGGGUCUAUGGCACUUUGCCUUUUCGGCUGGAAACGAUGGUCGCGUCGAUCCGUUUUCAGCAUUAACCAGUUUGAAAAGUUUGAAUAUUGUGUAUUGUGAAGUUGUGGACGAGCAAAACCUUUGCAUUUCAAGUGCCAAACUUGUCAAUUUAUAUAUAUACAUGGUUCAUUAUGCACCCAAAACCUAUUUCGGAAUUGACCUAUCUGCACCAAAUCUUUCUACCUUUAUGUUUAGUGGUAUUCCUGUUCAGAAACUCUGUUGGAGCAAGAACAAUCUCUCUUCUAUCAAACGAGUAAGUAUUGAUAUAAUAGAAUUUUGGAAAUCAUCAGAGACUUCAUUGGUUCUGCUCGACUGGCUGUUUGAACUUGCAAAUAUGGAAUCGUUGAUCAUCUCUUCAACUGCUCUUCAGGUUCUUUCCUUAGUUCCGAGUUUAUCGGUUGAACUCCCUUCCUUUUGUAACUUGAAGUCACUCCGGGUAGAAAAGAGACAAAUUGCAUCCAUACCUGAUGGAAUUGUGGACAUUUUGACUCAAAACUCAUAUUCACCAAAGGUUUACAUCAUAGAUUGA